CAAAGAAGAAGAAGAAAUGGCGAGAUUUUCAGUUGGAAGAGAUGAACAUGAUAAUGAUGAAGGAGGACCCUGUAACUCCAGCACAUCUGUAUGCAAGAGACGGAGGACUACCGCCGGAAAUUUCUCUCGCGGCGUCGUAAUCCGUCAACAAGAAGAAGUAGAAGAAAGAGAAAGGGAAAGGGUUGUUCAGGAAAAAGUAGAGGAGGAGGAUUGGGGAUCGGAAUCUGAGGGAAAUUUCCGAUCGAGCGGUGAUCGGAGGGUGCCAGUUCGUGAAUCCGAGGUUUUAAGAAAGAACAGGUCUAUUUCUGGUGAGAGCGUGUAUCAGAAUUUUGAGGAUUCAAUCAUAAACAGGUCAAUUUCUGUGACGUUAUUGGAUCCGGAUGUGUUGGAUUGCCCGAUCUGCUUUGAACAUCUCUGUGUUCCUGUCUUUCAGUGUGGGAAUGGGCACAUAGCAUGUGCCCCUUGCUGCAUCAAGAUUGCUAAUAAGUGUCCAUCAUGUUGUUUGCCAAUUGGAUAUAACCGUUGUCAAGCUAUGGAGAAUGUUCUAGAAUCUCUGAAAGUGUCAGGCGUGAACAAUAGGUAUGGUUGCAAGGAGAUUCUGAAUCUUAGUAAGAAAAUUGACCAUGAAAAUGUAUGAAUCUAUGUGCCUUGU